UUAAGACAGUCAGCGUGUCAGCAGCCAAUGCUUUUGUCUUGUCUUUGAUUCCCAAGUAUUUUCAACUCCAUUUCAGAUGAUCCUUUGAAAUAGAUUUCUUAACAACACCAAAAGCAUGCACUUUUGACUCAGAGGACGCUGUGUUUAUUGACCAAAAAUGACUGCUGCCAAAGUGAUGCCUGUGGACCUAACCAUGCACAUGGGACUGAGCCGGCGGGCCGCUAUACGCCAAGGUUCAGACAACUCACUUAGAUAUCAACACACAAUCUCAAGGUCCAGCACACCUUCAGACAACACCCGUCCAUCCAGUGCUGCUUCACCACCCCAGCCUUCUCUAACGCCUGUUAUUCCAGUGAACUCUUCUAGCAGCGGUGGGACACUUAAGAAGAAAAAACGUGUUGUAUUUGCAGACACUAAGGGACUGGCUCUUACAGCCGUGAGGCUUUUCACUGUGGAUCCGCCAGAGCCUGAACCUGACACCAUCCCUCAGUCAGGAAAGCCGAAGGACCAGCCCCCUGUCCAGGGCAGGAUACUGCGGCUGCGGCUGGGGUUCCCUCAACCUUCUGCUGAUCUAGCGUUAUUCCUUGGAGGCCUGGCAGGUUCUUUGGUGCAGCUGGAAAGCUGCAGUCUGAUGGGUGGUUUGCUGAGUGGAAUGGUGCAGGUCUGCAACAUCAGCGUAGAGAAGGCCGUACACAUUCGCAUCACAUUCGACUCCUGGAGAACCCACAAGGACAUCCCUUGCACCCACAUAAAACAGCAGCCUGGCUCAGAGACUGACCUUUUUGUCUUCAGUGUGUCUUUUCCUUCUGACCUGAACCUUCAGGAUCGUGUGGAGUUCUGUGUGUCGUUCCGUCCCGGACGUGGCAGCAUGAUUCUGUGGGACAACAACAAUGGACAAAACUAUAGAAUCUUUGUCGAUGUUGUGGACCCCAUGGAUGUCCCUUUGACUUGGAACAGACCGUUUAUAACACAAAUCCCUAAGAGGCCCAAAGCUUGGCCCAAAAGAAAAAGUCAACUUGUCCGUUACCCAGCAUGCUUCAAUCCACUCAACUCUCCAGAGAAUAUGACCCUUAAGCCAUUGUGUUAAAGUAGGAGGCUAGGUCACCCCGAAAUUCUAAGAUAGCUAAUAAUGAAGGGAAACUAAUGAGAGCCAAUUAGCAUGAUACCAUUUGUGUAAUGCAAGCUGGGCCCUUCUUAUCUUAUUUCUAAAUUAAGUAUUGCUUUAGAGAGAGUCAGCUGGGCCAAAAGUCUCUCUUUAGAGCAAUGCCAUAGAAGAACCACUUUUGGGUCCCUACAGAACCUUUCAAUUGAUAGUUCUUUAAAGAACCAUUUUUGUUCAAUUUGAGUGUGAAGAACCUUUUGAGGGGUUAAAUGUAAUGGUUCCAAGUACUGCCACCCCAGCCAAGAACUAUUCUAUUAGUUCAGCCCACACCUUGGUCAUAGGUAGGUAGAGAUGGAAAUUUAUAGGAUAUUAGAUCAGAAAAACAAGGAACUUUAGGCAUUCUCCUCCUCUGACUCUUUUGGUUAUUUCAAAACCUUGUUUUGUUUUGUAACACUCCAGUAUGCCUGAUUGAAUUAGUAGUGGAGUGGAUUUGAGGUCUCUUAUGAGUAGGGGUCCCAAAUGUUCAAGCAAACUACCAAAUCCCGUAAUUAUCUGAUGAGUUUGAGCUGAAUUAUGGCCCUCCAGGACCAAAGUUUAAGGCCCUUGCACUAAUGCAGUGGUUCAAAUCAGUCCUCAGGGACUAAACCAGGAAAUGUUGACUGUAUGCAAACCAGUGCCCUAGAGCAUGUAUUUCAAUUCCAGUGCAGUCGACCAUUUGUGAUUCCAUUUGCUAAUAAAACAUCAGCAUCUACAGCAGCCAGGUCAGCAAAUUUCCAGUUCAACUGGGUCUAUCUGCAAUCUGUCUUACUUUUAAUCAAUGUUGCUACAAAUGUGAAAUUGUACAAUAUGUAAAACUAUAUAAUAUGUGAAAUUUGUAGAAUAUGUAAUAUUGUAAAAAUGCCUUAUUUAUUUGUGCAUACAUGAUAAUGUGAAGUGAUUACAAUGUCAAAUAAAUAAGCAUUCAAGCUUGA